AGGGCGCGCCCGGGAGCGCGGCGGGGCCAUGGCGGGCGCGGGGCCGGGGCCGGGGCCGGGGCCGCUGAUGGGGGGCUACCAGGGGGCGGCGCGGGGCCGUGGCGUGGUGGCGGCCGGCUGGCGGCUCUGCCUCGCACACCGCUUCCCGCAGCCCCGCCGGCCCUACGGAGCCGGGGAUGUGCCGCUGCGGGAUGUCCUGAGGCACGUCGGCUUGGCGCUGCGGUAUUUCAGGUGGUGGUACAAGAAAACCUGCAUCGAGAAGAAAUCGGCCUUCAUUGACCUCCUGUGUGCCGUCCCUCUCCAGCAGAUCUACGGCUGCCCGCUGGGCGGGAUCGGUGGCGGCACCAUCACGCGUGGCUGGCGGGGCGAGUUCUGCCGCUGGCAGCUGAACCCCGGGAAAUACCACUACGGGACGGUCAUCGCCGACCAGUUCACGGUGUGCCUGCGUCGCAAGGGGCAGACAGUUUACCAGCAGGUCCUGUCCGUGGAGAAACCCAGCAAGCUGCAGGGCUGGAACUGGGGGUACUGCGGGCACUACGCCUUCUACCACGCGCUGUACCCUCGUGCCUGGAUGGUCUACGAGCUGCCGGGGCAAAACGUGGUGCUCACGUGCCGGCAGGUCUCCCCGGUCAUCCCCCAUGACUACAAGGACUCCAGCCUGCCGGUGGCAGUGUUCAUCUGGGAGGUGGAGAAUGGCAACGAGGAGCCCGUGGAGGUGUCCAUCAUGUUCAGCAUGCAGAACGGCACGGGCACGAAGGCGGACAAGAGCGGGGGACACUGGAACGAGCCCUUCACCCUGCAGGAGGGCGGCGAGCGGGUGGCCGGCGUCCUGCUGCACCACUGCACCCCCACAAACCCCUUCACGUUUGCUGUGGCUGCCCGGGAGAAGGCUGGCACGGCCGUCACCCACCUUACUGCGUUUGAUCCCGCGGGGUCAGGCAGGGAUGUGUGGCAAGACCUCCUGCAGGAUGGCAAGCUGGAGUCCCCCUCUGGUAGAAGCAGUGUGACAGCAAAGGGGGAGGAGACAGCAGCAGCCGUGUGUGCCACCUGCACAGUGCCCGCACGGGGCCACCGGACACUGGAGCUGGCCCUGGCGUGGGACAUGCCCCGCGUCCACUUCGGCUCCAAGGAGAAGCUGCACCUCAGGCGGUACACGCGCUUCUUCGGCAGCAACGGGGACGCGGCUCCUGCCCUGGUGCGCUAUGCCCUGGCACACUAUGAGGAGUGGGAGAGGAAGAUCGACGCGUGGCAGAAGCCAGUCCUGGAGAACAGCCAGCUGCCCUCCUGGUACAAGUCGGCGCUGUUCAAUGAGCUGUACUUCCUGACGGAUGGGGGCACCGUCUGGCUGGAGCUGCCCCACGACUGCCUCCCCCAGGAGCUGCAGACCCCGGGGGUGGCCAGCCUGUCCCACCUCCUCCCUGUCCUGCGGGAGUACGGAAGGUUUGCUUAUUUAGAAGGGCAGGAGUACCGCAUGUACAACACCUACGACGUCCACUUCUACGCCUCCUUCGCCCUCAUCAUGCUGUGGCCCAAGCUGCAGAUCAGCCUGCAGUACGACAUCGCCGUCACGGUGAUAAACGAGGACGUGGAGCCCCGGCAGUACCUGAUGAGCGGCCAGACGGCACAGGUGAAGCUGAAAAAUGUGGUGCCCCACGACAUCGGGGACCCAGACGACGAGCCCUGGCAGCGCGUCAACGCCUACCUGAUCCACGACACGGCCAACUGGAAGGACCUGAACCUGAAGUUCGUGCUGCAGGUGUAUCGCGACUACUACCUGACGCACGACGCACCGUACCUGCGGGACAUGUGGCCGGUCUGCCAGGCCGUGAUGGAGUCGGAGCUGAGGUUUGACACGGACAACGACGGGCUGAUCGAGAACGGGGGCUUCGCUGACCAGACGUACGACGCGUGGGUGGUGAACGGAGCCAGUGCCUACUGCGGGGGGCUGUGGCUGGCGGCUGUCCGGGUGAUGUGCGAGAUGGCAGAGGUGCUGGGGGACAAGGAGACCCAGCAGAAGUACAGCGGCAUCCUGCAGAAGGGCAAGGAGGCCUUCGAGAGGUUGCUGUGGAACGGAAAAUACUACAACUACGACAGCAGCGGGAGCAGCACCUCCAGCAGCAUCAUGUCGGAUCAGUGUGCGGGGCAGUGGUUCCUGGGGGCGUGUGGCCUGGACCACGGGGAGCUGGAGGUCUUCCCCAAGAGCCACGUUGUCAGCGCCCUGCAGACCAUCUUUGAGAAGAACGUCAUGGGCUUCGCCGGCGGCACCAUGGGGGCAGUGAAUGGCAUGCGUCCCAGCGGCGUGCCCGACACCUCCAGCGUGCAGUCCAGCGAGGUGUGGAUCGGCGUGGUCUAUGCCUUGGCUGCCACCAUGAUCCAGGAGGGGAUGGUGCAGGAGGGCUUUCAUACGGCUGAGGGCUGCUACAGGACGGUGUGGGAGCAGCUGGGCAUGGCCUUCCAGACCCCCGAAGCCUACUGUGAGAAGAAAGUCUACCGCUCGCUGGCUUACAUGCGGCCCCUCAGCAUCUGGAGCAUGCAGCUGGCCCUGGAGAGCCGAGCUGGCCGGGCACCCUGUGCCCCCCCGGCCCCCUCCAGCCCUGUGCCUGGGGGCAGCGAGCAAAGCAAUGGGGAUAACCUGGGCCCUGUGGCCUCAGCUGGAAGUCAGGGACCUUGUCCCGUGCCUUCCUCUCUUUAAGGAUGCUCAACUUGCUGUUUCCUUCCCUACCUCCUCAGCCCCUAAGCUAUGUACACCUCACCUCGGGGGGGCUCCUGCUGCACAUGAGGGGUCCGGAGGCACGGGUUGGGUCCUGUUGCAGAUGGGGAAGUGCUGCUGUGCCCUCAAGGCUCCGGCAGCCUGCAGGAUCCCCCCCUGCACCCCUCGUGCCCAGGAGCAAGCGUGACCUCUCCUGCAGGCUGUGGGUGGUAGGGUAGGGGCCAGGUGCAGGAUGCGGCCGCCCCCACCACCCACACAUAGACACAUGGAUGCUGUAGUGUGUGGCCCCCUGGGCUGACCCCUGUACCUGGGGGGGGUCCUGCUGGAACAAUCCCUGGGGGGCCAGUGACAAUCCCAGCCCCAACAGCCCCUGGCCUGGUCUGGCACCGUGCCGUGAGCUGGCGUGGGCAGGGAAGCAGAUUUUAGAGGAUGAUUAUUUCAAGUUCUUAAUAAACUAUUGUCCAGGUA